AUGUCUGUUUGUGAGAUUGAAGUUAAUGGCUCCUCCAUUGCUGAACACGAGGAAGUUGAAGUAAAGAAGGCAAAGGCAUUCAUUUGGAAACCUGGGAAAGAGCUAACAGAAAAAGUGGAGGCAGAAAUAAAUAAUCUUGAGGACUCGGAUGAUUUUGAAGACUGGAAAUCAGAAAAUGAAGACUGGAAAUCAGAUGAUGAAGAUUACGAUGUAACUACAACUGUUUUUCCUGAAAUGACAACAGUUUCCCAAUAUGAAGAAGAGGACUGGGAUAAGGAGAUGGAAGACUCUGAAAACAAUAAAAACUCUUAUGAUGUAGACGAUAUUAUCUAUUGUGGAAGUUUCUGGGAUGGCAAUGGACAGGCAUCCUAUUCAGUUCAAGAAGAACCUCUGUAUGACCCAAGUUUACACCAUGUAGCACCAUUGACUUUGAUUCACUUAAAAGCUGUGACAGAGGACGGCCAAUUUGAAGAUGCUAUUGACUGAAACAUUCCCAGCAAUGGGACAAAAACACUUAAGUUCUAAAUCAAAUUUCUCUAUUCAACUGCACAAAAUGGAAAUGACUGGAUACCUUAUAAGAAUCUAGAGUACUGCAAUAUUACAGAUUGUAUGAAUGCAACGUUGUAUCACCUUUUGUUUUAAACAAACUUGAAAUGAUUUAGGUUUAAUUUGUAUAUGGCUAUUGCUGUUAAAGUGCUGUUAACUAUUUUGUGUUAUUUCAGUUUUAAUUUUGGGUUUGUCUUGCAAGUCUUAACUGAAAUGUCAGUACACAUUUAUUUUCAUCUCUUGACACUCAAUAGGAGUUCUGAAGCUAUAGUUCUAUGUUUUGGUAUGUUGGAGGUUAUUGGGACGCUGGUGGGAUGGAUAGUAACACGAUUAUUCUUCAGGAAUACAGGCUAUUUCAUUUUGUACAGCAUAUGUAUGUUUUAUUUAACAUAAUAAACAUGCAGAAAUGCUAGUAGAAUAUACUGUUUGGCUAGGGUCUGGAUAAUUAUGAUCACAUCUGCUGAUUUAUUUUUAAAAAUAUUACUUUUAAAAUAACAAUGGAAAAAAACAAACACAAAAGAAAUUAAAAAUACAUUCUCGUAUUUAAAAAUAAGUGAAAUAAGAUACAAGAUAGAAAAAAGAUUUAAUGUUAUUAGAACAUUAGAAUAUACAGUUACAAUUAUAUAAUUAUCUAAUGCAAAUAAUAUAAAGGGUGUGUGUGAUUCUAAUACACUUAUAUGACUACCAUGCUUUUUUAACAUUCUGUACUUUGUAUAAAUGGGUCUCAUUUCCUUAUGUUUGUCUAUACGAAGUCUAUAUCUGUAGGCAGUCUUCUCAUAGAUAGCAAGUCUUCAAUCCAUUGAGUGAAUGGGGGCUAUACAUAUAUCUUCCCAAUAUUGCAAUAUUAGUCUUUUAGGUAUAAUAGAGGCACGGAAGAAUCUAUUUUCACUGUAUAAUUUCACUGUAUAAAUAUAUGUAUAUGUAUGAUUUAUUUAUGCAAACUUAAUAGAAAUCUAACUGAUAGUGGCUAUAUGGAUACAUAAAUAAGACUGGCUGCCAACGUUAA